AUGUCCGUCGCAGCGGUCCAGAACUACGACCAUCUCCGCCGCAAAAACAGCUCCAAGUCCUUCCUCACACGCGGCGACAGCUACCGACGGUCGGCGCGAGGCUCAGAUGGCACAGUGAACACCAGCGCCAGCUCGAGCGCGCGGACGAACAUCACGGCGCCUCCGGAGUAUAGCAAGAAGUUUGUUGUGGUCGGCGACGGCGGGUGCGGGAAGACUUGCUUGUUGAUCAGCUAUUCGCAAGGAGUGUUCCCAGAGAAAUAUGUACCGACAGUCUUCGAGAACUACAUCACGCACGUCGAGCACAAGAACACCGGCAAGACUGUUGAGUUGGCGCUAUGGGACACCGCAGGACAGGAGGAUUACGACCGACUGAGACCGCUUUCAUACCCAGAGACAGACCUGCUCUUCGUCUGCUUCGCCAUCGACUGUCCCAACUCGCUCGAGAAUGUUCUUGACAAGUGGUACCCCGAAGUCCUGCAUUUCUGCCCAACGACCCCCAUCAUCCUCUGCGGCCUCAAAUCCGACCUUCGCGGCAAGCGAACAUGCAUCGAGCUGCUCAAAACCCAAGGUCUCACCCCCGUCACACAACAACAAGGCCGCGCGGUCGCCGACAAGAUGGGCGCCAUGUACAUGGAGUGCUCGUCCAAAGAGAUGACCGGCGUACACGAGAUCUUCGAGACAGCAAUCGACACCGCCGUACGAGGACGAGAGGAGGAGCAUGCGCAAGUGAGCGGCGCGACAGGAAAGUCCGGCGUGCCUGCGAAGAGGAAGAAGCGGAGUAACUGCAAGAUUCUCUGA